AUGACAAAACCGCGCCGGUCAUCGCCCCCGCCCGCUCAACCUGCGCAUGGAAACUUCGCCUCGUGCAAGGCUCGCUACAGCGGAGCGCCAGACGAAUCACUUGACGGAUUUAUAGACGCCGUAGAGGCCUACAAGGAAUGCGCAAACGUAAGCAAAACUAAUGCACUACGUGGGCUGUCAAUGUUGUUAACUCAUGAAGCCGCGACAUGGUGGCAAGGAGUUAAGACCACCAUGAACAAGUGGGACCACGCCCUCACGUCCCUAAGAGGUGCGUUUGGUGAUAGCCGACCUCCACAUCGUAUAUACAAGGAGCUGUUCGCCAACCCACAAAAAGCAAGUGAGAAAACAGAACUCUUCAUCUCUAAAACUCGAGCGCUACUAUCACGUCUGCCAAAGGACGAUCUGACAACCAAAGUACAGAUGGACAUGGUGUACGAAACACUCAUGAACAUUAAAAUAUUAAUUUUUAUCACAUUACCACAGUGA